UCGAAAAUCGCUGCGCCAGUGGCAGUGGGCAGUGGCCAUUGUCUUAUCCGUCUCUCCCGCAGGUCUCUGGUUGCUAUCCAUUAGAAAUUACUCUCAGGAAAAACGUCGAACACUUUAAUGGCGUUGAGUUCCUGCUCGCCAGGUUCCAUUCCACUCCCCUACAAAAACCCUAGAAAGUUUGCGCACAGACCAUAUGUUCUCGCUUCUUCUGCGGACGAUUCUUCCAGGCCGUUGCUUCGCACCUCCGCCAAUUCGAAUCCAAAAGCGCGCUUCAUUGCCCGGAGAAGCGAAUCCGCCACCGUUCGGCAGCUGGCGCGGCCUCUAAAUGAGUAUAUGAGCUUGCCGGCUAGUCAGUACUCGGUGUUGGAUGCAGAGAGGAUCGAGCGGGUUGACGAUUGCACCUUUAGGUGCUACGUUUAUAGAUUUAAGUUCUUUGCGUUUGAGGUUUGCCCUGUUUUGAUUGUUCGAGUUGAAGAGCAGCCCAAUGGGUGUUGCAUCAAGCUGCUGUCAUGCAAGCUUGAGGGCUCACCGAUUGUGGCUGCACAGAAUGACAAAUUUGACGCUUAUAUGGUGAACCAGAUUUCUUAUGAUGUCAAUCGAGGCAACUCACCCUUGCAGAAACUCACGUCAGAUACUGUCAUUGAGGUUAACAUCGAGAUUCCUUUCGCCUUCCGUGCAAUUCCCGUACAAGCAAUCGAAUCAGCUGGGACCCAAGUCCUCGAACAAAUAUUGAAGAUCAUGCUUCCUCGCUUCACAACCCAGCUCGUGAAGGAUUAUCAAGCAUGGGCCUCUGGUGAUACAUCAAGGCAACCUCUUGGAACAGGUAAGAUCUGAAACGUGAAUCUAAGAACUUCACCCUGAUGUUCGAUUUUCGAUUUUCGAUUUUCGAAGUCUUCUGUUUCCUUCGACGCUCGCGUAGGACUCGAGAGGCUGCAAGAAUCUGUGUACUAGGAUUCUAGGACCACUCUUUUAGGCUAUUUAUGCUCUUGUUUUCCCAGCCAAGACAGAUUCUUCAAUAGUAGUCAAUUAAUAAAAUUUUUGUUUUUAGCAGGUUGAGUGAGUACAUGUAAAUUUCCUUGAGGUAUUUUACCGCAAGUAUAGUUAAUGUAUGUUAUUUGAAGUCUUGAACUACUACUUAAGAAUAAUUUGGAUUUAUUGCUUGAA